AUGGGGGCGUCCGCGAUCCAGGAACAGCGCGACACAAUCUUAGCUACAAUCAGAAAUAUAACACGAGGCGAUUGGAAGGUGCUGGUCGUCGACGAAAAUUCCAAGAAGAUAUUAGACAACGUGGUGAAGGAAGAUGACAUUCUCAACGAGAAUAUCGCGAAUAUUGAGCGGGUUGAGGAGAAGAGGGAAAUGAAUACUGAUAUGGAUGCCAUCUACCUAUUGUCGCCGCAACCGCAUAUUGUCGACUGUCUAAUGGCAGACUUCGAGCGCCGAAGAUACCGGAAUGCCUUCCUCGUAUGGACUGCGCUCCUCCACCCCCAGCUACGCCGGCGUCUGGAUACUAGAGAGGCAAAGGACCAAACAGCGGGGUUUCUGACAUUGUCGAUCGAUUAUUUCCCUCGCGAAUCACAUUUAGUAACAUUCAGAGAUCCUUGGAGUUUCCCAAUUCUAUAUCACCCAGCGUGUAACAACCUUGUUCGGGAUCAUCUGCAGAAUCUUGCACAAAAGAUUACCGGGAUUUGUGUUUCUUUGGGAGAAUACCCCAAAGUCAGAUAUUACAAACCGAAGAAACCAUUACACGAAGCACACGUCCUAUCUGUUCACCUGGCAAAAUUCGUUCAGGAGGAACUGGAUGCAUACGCAAAAUACAACGCGAACUGGCCACCCGCCACAUCCAGACCACAGGGAGUUCUCAUUAUUACCGACCGAUCAAUGGAUUUAAUUGCUCCGCUGAUCCACGAAUUCACAUAUCAAGCCAUGGCCCAUGACCUGCUACCGAUAAAGGAAGGAGACACUGUGACUUACAAAACGGUUGUCAAUGAAGGACAAGAAAAUUCACAGGCGAAAGACAUGGAAAUUGGGGAAAAGGAUAAGAUAUGGGUUGAGAAUAGGCAUCGACACAUGAAGGAUACGAUUGAAAAGUUAAUGGGUGACUUCCAAAAGUUCAUCCAAGAGAAUCCCCAUUUCACAAAUUCAGAAGCAGAUGCCACGAGUUUGAACGCUAUUAAGGAUAUGUUGGCUGGACUACCACAAUUUCAGGAGCUGAAAGAGCUAUAUUCGUUACAUUUGACUAUGGCCCAAGAAUGUAUGGACAUUUUCCAGCACCACAGGCUCCCAGACAUUGCUUCUGUCGAGCAAUCCCUCGCCACGGGCUUGGACGAGGAUUUUCGAAAACCCAAGAAUUUGGCCGAUCAAAUAGUACGACUACUUGACGAUCCAAGUAUUAACGGCCCAGACCGGUUACGACUCAUCAUACUCUACAUCAUGUAUCGCGAAGGCGUGAUACCAGAAGAUAUUCAGCGUCUUCUUGCACAUUCAUCACUUCCGACAAACAAUGCGGAGGUGGUGAUGAACAUGGAAUUGCUCGGAGCCCAUACUGUCAAAGCUCUAAAAGACCCCAAACUCGUUAGAGAGCCAUUAUUUCCAAGAAAGACCGCUCCAACUGCUCAGAGCGAAGAAUAUGCACUUUCCCGAUUCGAGCCCAACGUUAAAAUAAUGCUUGAAAAUCUGGCCAGGGGAGCCCUUGAUACAGAAACUUUUCCCUACAUCAACAAGUCACUAGAUAACUCCGCAGAGCUGGCCAUACAAUCACAGGCAUCUUUACGAAGUGCCAAGCCCACAUGGGCACGAAACCGAAUGUCCACAACUGAAACCCAACAAAGAAUAAUUGUUUUCAUGGCAGGAGGUGCCACUUAUUCGGAAUCCCGGGCUUGCUAUGAAGUGUCUACUGCAAUGAACAAAGACAUAUUUCUGGCUACAUCUCAUAUGAUGACGCCAGCAAUGUUCAUAAGACAAAUAGGAGAUUUGACCGUGGACAGGCGAAGGUUGGAUCUCCCAGUCGAUCGACCAAAACCUAAAGCCCCUGAAUUCUUAUUCCAGAGGAACGACCCUCCUCCUCGACCGGUUGCGAAUACGGCACCUCCAAGACCAGGUCAAGGGUUAGGCGUCCCGGGCAGAGGCACACCCGUACAAAGAGUCCCAAUUCCGCCGCAAAAAAGUCCUGGAUAUUCUCCAAAUGCCUACGCACCACAACCACCCACUGCCGGAGUAGCGGCAAUGAGCAUGAAUUCUGGCGGCGGCGGUCCAAUCCCAUUGAAUGGUGAUAGCGGGGACCACAAGGGGAAGCUGGAGAAGAAGAGUAAAGACGGCAAAGAGAAAAAGAAGCGAGGCUUUUUCGGGAGUAAGAAAUGA